AUGGUUCGUCACAAGAAGGACUUCAAAGGCAACAAUAAAUUCAAAAACCCCGCGAAAGCACGCCCUGCCCCUCGCCCCCGCCGCACAUCAGAUGAAGACGAGAACGACGCGGCCAAUCCGCGACCCGCCAAACCUGAAUUUAAGGCUGCAUGUUGGGAUCUCGGACACUGCGAUGCGAAACGAUGCUCAGGCAAGAGGCUCAUGCGCCUAGGCAUGAUGCGCGAGUUGCAUGUAGGCCAGAAGUUUGCGGGUGUGGUCGUGAGCCCCAAGGCGAAGAAAAUCAUAAGUCGCGAAGACAAGGACCUACUGGAGCAAUAUGGCGCCGCAGUCGUGGAAGCUAGUUGGAACAGAAUUGACGAAGUGCCUUUUGGCAGGAUAGGUGGCAAAUGCGAACGCUUGCUACCCUACCUUGUCGCGGCAAACCCAACCAACUACGGUCGGCCAUGGCGAUUAAAUUGUGUUGAAGCGCUAGCCGCAUGCUUCUACAUCUGUGGACACCCUGAGUGGGCCGAGUCGAUAUUAUCAACCUUUUCGUACGGCCAAGCCUUUCUAGACAUCAAUGCCGCCCUCCUCAAGCGCUAUCUGGCGUGCGAGAACGAAGAGCAGAUCAAAAAGGCAGAGGAAGUAUGGCUUGAGAAGAUUGAGCGCGAAUACAACACGAGCAGGACUGAAAAGGAAGAGGGUCUCGAGGAAGACGAAUGGGCUGGCGGAAAUAUGAACAGGCGCGUCAUUGAUGAUUCGGAUGAGGAAGAUGAAGAUGAUGAAGACGGAGAAAGUGGCGAGGAUGAAGAUGACAAAGACAAGAUUGACCCAAGGAACCCUUACAACAUCCCUGAAUCGUCAGACGAUGAAGAGGAGAUGGCAGAACUAAGGCGCCGCGUCCUCGCCUCCAAGCCAUUUGCCAACACCACACGAAAAGAUGAAGACGAGGAUGACAAGAAGACACCGCAACGUAUACCCAUACCUCAACCCGACUCCAAGAAGGCAAACUCUGCAGAAGAGGAUGAUAGUGAGCCAGGAGAGGAUAAUGCAGAAGACGACGAAUUUGAUAGCUUCAUGGCCGCACAACCCACGACCGACCGCACGGGUAUUGUGAGCAAACAGAGAACAAAGGCCAUGGAUAGCAAGUACAAGGCGACAUUCUCCAGUGGAAGUGUGAAGGCACCGAGUGGACGAGGAUACCAAUGAUGCUUGUUGGUGGCGAUUGAAUGUACCGUAGCUUAGAUGAGCCUCGUAAUUGGCUCCUAGGAAAUUUCGUGGCGUUCGAACAAGUGGUGAUUGACAGCAAGAUAGUGCAGCCACAGCAGCAUGUUGCCAAGACUCUUCUGGUCGGGCCGAUAAUCAUGGGGUUUUCCGGGCGAGACUAGCCGGAAACUAACGCAACCGAAGGCGAUCG